GCUGCCUUUCCAUCUACUCAGACCGUCGCCGAGCCACAAAGACGUCACAUAACAUAACACGUCGUCAUCAUGAAGAUUUACUUAAUCGGGUCAAGCCUGUGCAUAGCCACGAUGGCCGCUUGUAUGGACAUAACCGGCCGUGAAUGCGGUGAUCUAGGUCCGCCGCCGUCCAUACUGGACAUGCCACCGCCUCCCAUGCCAUCAUUUUUAGCCGCCGUCCCGAGCGAUCAAUCUGGCAGCAAUGAAUCAAACUCGCCAAACAAAGAGAUGUUGAUGGAAACCAACGAACUGGAACCUGGCAAACCGUGCAAAUCCGUGUGCGAUACGGAUCAAGGGGUGGGAUUUGUCGAGUUACCGCAGCAAGGUGACCAAUCCGAGUUAAUUGCCAAUUUAAUCGAUUCGAUUAAGCAUAAUAUAUUAUACUAUACAAAAAGACCUAUUAUCGAGACAUACUCCUGGUGGAUGCUGCUAUCCACAUGUUUGCUCGGAGUGAUGCUGGUCGGGACUGUUAUAUUAGUGGUGAUCGUCCGGCUGAGAGAUAAGAAACGUUGGAACAAAUCGGACUUCAGUCCGGAACCAAAGAAGAGUCCCCCACUGUACGACACGAUCGACAUAUCGCCAAAGACGUUUUGGGCUACGUUGUCGCCCACGGGCAACAUCGACACGACAGCCACAACUCGGCGACCCGUGCACCACCAUCCGCAGACCAUAGCCAACCCGAACUUCGAGAACGGCGCUUACUAUCCGUACGAGCAGCAACACGAAUACCAGCAGAUCACCACCAUCCGCCGCGCCAUACCCGAGUACCAGACCAUCAGACCCCACGUGUCGUCACCCACGCGUAUCGAACAUCCAAACAUGCCGCCGUUGAAUUUGUAUAGGUCGAUACGUCGGAUUUCGGAUUUGGAAUCGCCGUGAACCGCCCCUGCGGACGGCGGUCACGUGGUCGCUGAUAAUCAUAUUAUUAUGGAUCAAUACGAUAACGUGUGCGUGCUACGAGUAUAAUAUAAUAUACCUAAUAUCCGGCGUGCAGUCUGCACACGACGUAUUAUAUGCAUUUUAGUAAUCCCGUCGGAGGACGACGACGACAAUAAUAUUAUCAUGUAUAUUAUAACGUAUUUUGAGUUUCGAUCGUUUUCCAAAGCCGUCGCCGAACUAGAUCGUCUAGACUCUAUCGUUCAACAUUUUUUUUCGAAAUUGCGGAAGUAUUCGCAUUCACAUACAUUUAUACUCCCCGGUCACCCCCCGAAAUCGUUAUUAUUUGACCACCGCACUCUGUGUAUUUGUGUGUAUAUAUUUGACAAAAAAAAAAAUCAAUAAUUCCAAGACGCAUACUACUCGUACCAUCGUUAUUUGUAGUCUGAGUAUACCUAUAGGCAAUAGGUACAUGUUAUAUUAUACUAGCUGUAUAAUAUUAUGUAUAGACGGCUUACUUAUAUGACGUAUCUCUAUCUUCCCGAAACUCUAAUAUUUCUUUUUUCUUUUUCGACGUAUAAUUUUUUUCAUGUCUUCAACGAAUUCAAUCGUUUGUAAUAAUCGCACAAUACGGUAAACAUGACAAUAAAAAGAAAUGCGUUGCAAGAUACAUAAAUCAGCAUACCUUAUUGUGCCAUCGCCAUGUUCAAAAUUGAACGACGUUAUUUUUUUUUUAUUAUUUUACAAACCAGUAACUUCCAUUAUAAUAUACAACGUGGGGUAAAAUGUAUACACUGAAAGUGAUUUUCAUUUUCGAAUAGUAGAUUUAUGUAAACAGUAAACCUUAACAUUUUUUUAACCAAAAUGAAAACCUUCUAUUUUUUAUCGAUUUCUAACACUAAUACUUCAACCAAAUUAUCUAGUCCUUAAGUUAAAUACUAUUAGUUUGUUGAAAAAUAAGCGAAGAAUUUAAUUACUAUUGAUUAUUUGAUAUACUGGAAGACCACCGGGGAGAACACAUUUUAUUUAUUGUUUAAAUAAUGUAGAAAUGAACUAAGAUUUCGAAUAGGUACGACGAUCCUUUACUACACCUGUAAUGACUGAAAUAUUUUUUUAUACAGAUAUCUUUAAUCUCUUGUCAAUACUUUAACAUGCUUAUAAUUUUCGCCCAAGUUAUUUAAGACUUUAUAUACUCGUAAUAUUAUUUAAAAUGACACUUGUAAUAUUUGUUUUUGCUGUAUGUAUUCAGCUGUUAUACUGUUUUUGUUGAUGUUUUAUUUGUUUGUUUAUUUGUUUAUUUUUUUCGUAAAUUAUAUUAUCAUGU